CCCGGUUCAUGAUGGUGAGGACAACAUACUCUCUGCUGUCCAUCAGGAUCCAGACCUGAAUUUAGAGGUUCUAAAGAGUGGGAGGUGCUCUGGUUUUGGGGGCGUGGCUAAAGCAGUGAGAAUCAGCACACAGAAACACAGCUGGAGUUAAAGAAAGAACAGGAAGAGAAGGCCAGAAUCAUGUUCUCCACAGUUGUUCCGUAUAAGAACCAGCACUACUCUGAACUGAAGAAGGAUUGCUUGGAACAUAAGAAGCUGUUUGAGGACCCAGAGUUCCCCUGCACCAACAGCUCCCUCUACUACAGAACCCCACUGCCCGGCAGAGUGGAGUGGAAACGACCUGCGGAGAUCAGUGAAAACCCUCAUCUGUUUGUGGAGGGUAUCAGUGCUCAUGAUCUGAAUCAGGGGGAGGUGGGGAACUGCUGGUUUGUGGCUGCGUGUUCCUGCCUGGCACUGAAGCCGCACCUCUGGCAGAAGGUGAUUCCCAAUUGGAAGGAACAGGAAUGGGAUCCCAAACAUCCAGAAUAUUAUGCAGGAAUCUUCCACUUCCAGUUCUGGAUAUUUGGGGAAUGGACAGACGUUGUCGUGGAUGACCGUUUGCCCACAAUUAAUGGGAAACUGAUAUACUGCCAUUCAAAAUCCAACAACGAGUUCUGGAGCGCUCUGCUGGAGAAGGCUUAUGCUAAACUGUCGGGCUGUUAUGAGUCUCUGAAUGGAGGGAACACAGGAGAUGCUGUGGUGGACUUCAGCGGGGCUGUGAAUGAGCCCAUCAGUCUGGAGUCUGGACCCUACCGCACUGACCCUAAAGCCAGAGAAAAGCUGUUCUCUGACCUGAUGACGGUGUAUGACCGGGGAGGCAUCAUCAGCUGCUCCAUAACGGCGUCUCCUCAUGAGCGUGAGCUGCGUCUGCCUAACGGUCUGGUGAAAGGUCACGCAUACUCAGUGACGGCGGUCCGGAGGGUCCGCCUGGGACAUGGCCUUCUGGCUUUCUUUAAAAACGACACCAUCACUCUCAUCCGCAUGAGGAACCCCUGGGGUAAACACGAGUGGAACGGAGCCUGGAGUGACAGUUCAGAAGAGUGGCAGAAGGUGGGCUCUAUGGAGAGGAGUAAAAUGGGGGUCACAGUGGAGGAUGAUGGAGAGUUCUGGAUGUUCUUUGAUGACUGGUGUCAGAACUUCACGGACACCGAUGUGUGUCGACUGAUGAACACGUCUGUGCUGAGUGUGCAGAAGUCGUGGUGUGAGGGUGUGUGUUUCAGCAGCUGGACCAAACACACGGAACCGCUGAGGAACCGGUGUGGCGGCUGUAUGAACCACAGACAGACCUUCUUACAGAACCCACAGUACGUGCUGGAUCUUCAGGAUGAAGACGAACUGCUGGUGUGUCUGCAGCAGAGAGAUAUGAAGAUCCACAGGCCUCGUGGUCAGGGAGAGAACCUCACCAUCGGAUUCGCCAUAUUUAAGGUUGAGUUGAACAGGAAGUAUCGAAUGCAUGACCUCAUCACUCAGCAGAACGUGGCCACAUCGACGUACAUAAACGCUCGCUCUGUGUUUCUGAGGAAGGUUCUGCCCAAAGGCCGAUACGUCAUCAUCCCGUCCACCUUCAGGCCUGAGGUGCUGGGAGACUUCAUGCUGCGGGUUUAUACUGAUAAAGACUGCGGCUGCAGAGAGCUGGAUUUAGAUAAGCCCCGCGUCCGCUGCUGGAGCUCGUUUGUGGGUUAUCCUCAGAUGGUCACUCAGAUUUAUGUGCAUGGAGCAGAAGGGCUGGAAAACCAGGACAGUAACGGAGGUGCUGAUCCCUACGUGAUCAUUUCCUGCGAGAGCAGUUCAGUCCAGUCCCGAAUUCAGAACGACACCAGGGACCCGCUGUUCGACGUCAGAGCCAUCUUCUACAGGAAGAAACCUAACAAACCAGUCACCAUCCAGGUGUGGAACAGUAAUGCUGUAAAGGACCAGUUUAUGGGUCAGGUGGUUCUGCCGGCAACUCUGAAGGACACUGCAGAACCGCAGAAGGUCUCAUUGAAAAAGAAAGGUGGUCAGACGGCUGAAGAAAUGCCCGGAAAGAUCAGCAUCAGGGUUGUAACGUCCAGGGAGCUCACUGCCAUGUAGCACAACAGAGGAUAAUUAAUAUGAACAACAAAGAAAAUGUAUAGCACAUAUAACCCACACUUAAAGGAACUGACUAGUCAGCGGUCAGAAAAUUAUUCUUAACUCACUAAGUCUUAUCACAGGCAAACAUCUAACAUGCCACAAUAUUCAGCAAAAAAGGCCAAACAGCUAUAUAUAUAUAUAUACAUAUACACACACACAAUUGUCCAAAAUGUCUUGGUGCUAAAACAUUAAGG